CCGCCCGGGCCGCCAUCUUGUUCCCAGGGGCAGUUGGCGGAAGAGAUCGCGCUCCCUGGCCGCCGGCUUGCCUUCUGCUGGAGUUUUUCGCGGUCCGCGUCUCGCCGUGUGCCGUCGGCCCGAGGUCCGUCCGUCGGUGUCCCCGGUUGCCCUCCCUCCUCCGGCUGGGGCUCAGCGAGGCGGCCCCCUCUCCCGACGGCGUUCCAUGGAGUAGGGUCCCGGACCGUUGUCCCGAAGAGAGAGAUCGAGCUGGGCCCCCUCCCCCUCCCUCUCCCUCCCUCCUUCCUUCCGCCGCAACAUGGCUAACAACAGCCCGGCGCUGACAGGCAACUCGCAGCCGCAGCACCAGGCGGCCGCGGCCGCGGCCCAGCAGCAGCAGCAGUGCGGCGGCGGCGGCGGCGCCACGAAGCCGGCCGUCUCGGGCAAGCAGGGCAAUGUGCUGCCGCUGUGGGGCAACGAGAAGACCAUGAACCUCAACCCCAUGAUCCUGACCAACAUCCUGUCGUCGCCUUACUUCAAAGUGCAGCUCUACGAGCUCAAGACCUACCACGAGGUGGUGGACGAGAUCUACUUUAAGGUCACACAUGUUGAACCAUGGGAGAAAGGAAGCAGGAAAACAGCAGGCCAGACCGGGAUGUGCGGAGGGGUUCGAGGUGUUGGAACAGGAGGAAUUGUUUCUACAGCAUUUUGUCUGUUAUAUAAAUUAUUUACUUUGAAGUUAACGCGCAAGCAAGUGAUGGGUCUAAUAACACACACAGACUCACCAUAUAUUAGAGCCCUUGGAUUUAUGUAUAUAAGGUAUACACAGCCACCCACAGAUCUAUGGGACUGGUUUGAAUCCUUCCUUGAUGAUGAAGAGGACCUAGAUGUGAAGGCUGGUGGAGGCUGUGUAAUGACCAUUGGAGAAAUGCUGCGAUCUUUUCUUACAAAACUGGAGUGGUUUUCUACCUUGUUUCCAAGAAUUCCAGUUCCCGUUCAGAAGAAUAUUGAUCAACAGAUUAAAACUCGACCUAGAAAAAUCAAGAAAGAUGGGAAGGAAGGGACUGAGGAAAUAGACAGACAUGUUGAACGCAGACGUUCAAGGUCUCCAAGGAGAUCGCUGAGUCCACGGAGGUCCCCAAGAAGAUCAAGAAGUAGAAGUCAUCAUCGAGAGGGCCACGGGUCUUCUAGUUUUGAUAGAGAAUUAGAGAGAGAGAAAGAACGACAACGACUAGAGCGUGAAGCCAAAGAAAGGGAGAAAGAAAGGCGAAGAUCCCGAAGUAUCGAUCGGGGGUUGGAACGCAGGCGUAGCAGGAGUAGAGAAAGGCAUAGAAGUCGCAGUCGAAGUCGUGAUAGGAAAGGGGACAGAAGGGACAGGGAUCGGGAAAGAGAGAAAGAAAAUGAGAGAGGUAGAAGACGAGAUCGAGACUAUGAUAAGGAAAGAGGGACUGACCGAGAAAAGGAAAGGGAACGGUCAAGAGAACGGUCCAAGGAACAGAGAAGUAGGAGUGAGGUAGAAGAGAAGAAACAUAAAGAAGACAAAGAUGACAGGCGGCAUAGAGAUGACAAAAAAGAUUCCAAGAAAGAGAAAAAACACAGCAGAAGUAGAAGCAGGGAAAGGAAGCACAGAAGUAGGAGUAGAAGUAGAAAUGCAGGGAAACGAAGUAGAAGCAGGAGCAAAGAAAAAUCAAGUAAACAUAAAAAUGAAAGUAAAGAAAAAUCAAAUAAACGAAGUAGAAGUGGCAGUCAAGGAAGAACUGACAGUGUUGAAAAAUCAAAGAAACGGGAACAUAGUCCCAGCAAAGAAAAAUCUAGAAAGCGUAGCAGAAGCAAAGAACGUUCCCACAAACGAGAUCACGGUGAUAGUAAGGACCAGUCAGACAAACACGAUCGUGGAAGGAGCCAAAGUAUAGAACGAGAGAGCCAAGAAAAACAACAUAAAAACAAAGAUGAGACUGUGUGAAAAUUUUUUUGUAAAAGUGGAUCACAUUGAAUCCUAUAAAUGUUUGAUUAAACCUUUUUUUUUCCUCCCCAAGUUGAGAUUGUGCAGUAGUUACACACUCUUCAAGCUCCCUGUAGGCUGCAUUUUCAUUUCCUCUUUUGUGUAGGGAAGUGCCUUUGUAAUCCCAUUUAUUGCAUUGUUGUUUUCACCCAGUUGUUCAGUUUGAUACAUGAUGCACAGAUUGUUCUUGCAUUUUUGUUUGUUUUAAAAAUGUACAGUCUGUACAUAUGUCCUGAAAAUGUUUUAAUUCCGUUGGCAUGGUUGCCACGUUGGUUAAAUUUGUAUAAGGCAAUAAACUGCCACUAAUUCUAUUUUUGUUUUGUAGGUGUGGGAUUAUGGUUUGUGUACUGAAGUUUAGCAUGGCUGUGCUUUUCGUAAUAGAAUGCUAAAGACUUUGAAAAACGGAAAUCUUGGAUGUCUAUUAUAGGAGAAUUAUGUGCUUUCAGUGUACUUGAAAGCAGCAGUUGUAGGAUUAACAUUCUUGUCCACUGUAUAUUAUCUUGGGAGGCUCUUGUUAAUAUGUUAUACCUAAUAUUCUCCACAGUUACCUUAGAGAGAAUUUAUGAGAAGUUAGUUUCUGAUGCAGAGGUUUAAAUUAGGCUGUGAUUUGAUCAAAAGUCCUUUUAGCAUUCUACCUCAAAGGGACACUGUUAGUAUGCCUAAAAUUUAUUCACUUAGUUUUCCUUUUUUAUUUGAAGAAAUACAUGACAUGUAAUCUUUUUUUCCUUGAAUUCUUUCUCAGAUUUUUAAAGUACUAUAUUAAAGAAAAAAAUUAAUGUCUAAAGCCUAGCAUUCUUGCAGCUUCCCGAUACUAACGUGAUUGGGAGAGGGUGGGACAAGUGAACAGAUUCAAGCCUCAAGCUUCCAGAGCAUUUUUUUAAAUGGAAAACACUUAAAUUAUGAAACAGCUUGAUAUAGUGUCCUUUUUUAAAAUUUUAAACUUUUUUUAUUAAUUAUGGAGAUUGCUGUUUGAGUUUUUAAAAACAAUCUAGAACAGAGGAGUAUUAAAAGUAAUGCUGCACUGCAUUAUUUAAGACUAUCAGCAAAUUAUUUGACAGAUUGUUCUUAUGACUUGUAUUCUGAUUAUAGAGACCCAUCAUGAGUGUGGAAUAAAUACUGGAUUAAAUCCUUUAUCCUGGGUGUUGACUUUUCCCCCAUUUGUUUACAUUUUUAAAACGUGUUUUUAUUGUGGAAGAUGAUAAAGUGUCAGUAGAGUAGCACUUUAUGUAGAGGGAUAACCUAGCACCCUAGACAACAGAAGAAUUUUAAAGGUGGUCAGCUCUCCAUAGGAUCCUAUUGGUGGUUCUGUCAGUGGACAUCGUUAUAUGUCACUGUAGGGAGGGAGUGGUUAAUUUGUUCUGCAUCAGAGGUGCUUCCUGGAGUAAUUUAACUUGGAGUGUACUUUAGUAUUUAAAAUUUGGGCUUGGGAGAAAUUUUGUGGUUUAUCCAAUUUUUGAAAUGUAGGAAGAAAGUGGGUUUCACGAGUGCUGGGGCUAAUAGGGAGUGUGUGUGACAGUGCAGUGAUGUCUGUGAUGCACAGAUUGACUCUUGCUUUGUCUCUGGUUGCUUUGGCCAGCUGAUGGCAGGCGGAAGCCUGAAGCAGAGCAAAUGCGACCAUUUGCAGGAGUUCUCCAGAUGGGGACUUAACAUUUGUACCUAACCCUGUUUCAGAAAAAUGCCAUUAAACACAGGAAUUCCUCUGUAGAAAUCCUGUGCUGUCUUAAGAGUAGAUGUCAGUCUUAAAUUGAACACCAAAUGAAUUAUCACAGACACCUAAAAGUUAGAAAAACCUAUUUUUGAGUGAUAAAGAGAAUUUUGACAAAUUUAUUUUUAUCUUAUUGGAAUUAAGGUGCUAAUCCCUUGGAUGUAAUUCCACUUGAAAUGUUAGUUCAGUGGGGUAUAAGAUGUAUUUUAGAGAAAUUAUUUCAAAUAGAGUUGAAAGUACUAUUUAAAAGCUGCGUUUAACUGAUUUUUAAUUUACAUUUGCUUAUGAGGAACGUUUUAGUAGGCGUGAGAACAUGUGAAUAAUACUAGUUAGUGCCAGACACAUGGUGAUUUUUAUUUGGAGUGUGGCUUCCUGAAAGACUGGGAAGAUGGGUGGCAGUGAAAGAUCACUCAGGGUUAUUUUUUCCAACAUGAAGAACACUUGAAAAGCUUUUCGUAAAAAUGUAACUGGCAGCCUCCACCUGGUUUUUGUACCUAAUUUACUGAAAUGAUUUCACCUUUCCAUGUAUUGAUAAGCCUUUGCACCUGUUUUUUAAUGUCUAAUUUCCAAUUCUAUACAUGGGCUAGUGUGUGAGUUUUAAGAUUUUAAUAUAAAAUGUCCAUUUGAAUGCUG